AUGGCCACUUCUGGAAAACCUCCUCAUUUUCCGCAGCAGCCUGUCGCUCGCCAGAACGAUGACGGAUCGAUCGAGCUCGAAUGCUUCCUUGAAGCAGCGCCAGCGCCCGACAUACGAUGGUUCUACGAACAAAAAGAGAUCAUGGACGGUGGUCGUUUUAAGAUGGAUCUGAAGCAGAAGGGUGACGAUGCAUACAGCGCCGUCUUGUUGAUUAAGGUAUUCACCACCCUGUUGCUUUUUUUCUUUCAGUCUGUUCGUUUCUCUAAUUGAUG